CGCAAAUCGCUUCUCGUUGCAAAUGGCCUGAACUACUUAAAGCAAGUGUGCACUUGCUUCAUGGAAAAAGAACGGCACUUGUUCGGUUUUUUGUGUAUCUUUGCCUGCUUUGUCGUAUCUCUUUGUUUUCGCUCCUUCUGUUGCAAAAUUAAUGAGUUUUUUGUCGACGUCCUGGUGCAUCAGCAUCUACGAGUAGAACUAGAAAAAUAACCCGUCACUAGAUGACACUUUUCUUCCUUUUGUGAGCGCGGACGAAAAAUUGUUUCGAUUUUAUCAUAAAAUGAAGAAGGCAAAAGUUGCCGGCCCCACUAGUUCUUCUUCCACCUCCGGCCCUAUCUCCGGUGGAAAUAGCAAGAAGAAGGCCGCAACAGCGGGAGGCCGGACUGCUGGUGCACACAGAAACAAAGUGCACCACGCGGGGAAUAAGCCGAAGCUGGCGCGCAACGCAUCCCACGUCGACCAAGAAAACAGCUUCUCCGACAUGGACAUCGAGGACUACCUCGCGUCCCUGCAGGAACAGGAAAAUGUCCGGAAGGCGACACUCGCGAGGGGAAAGCAGCUGCAGCAAGAGGAACAACACGACGCCAGAAAAGCGCGGCUGGACCAGCUUUCGCGGCCGGAGCCGAAAUUCAAAAUCGGGGACAGAGUGCAGGCGGUAAACUGCUUCGGCAGCGACGCGGCGCGCUCGUACAAGGCGAAGAAAACGGUGCGGUAUGGUGUGGUGACGAAGUUGCACGAAUUGAAAUUGGACAAGGACGAGAAAAAGUUUCUCCCUAUCGUCUACGACAUCGAGGAGGUGGUGGUGAUUUGCCAAUCAGCCGAUGUUGAAAAGACUUCCUCGAAGACAGGAGGAAGCAAGAAGAGCAUCGAGGGCAAGGAAAAUGUAGUUGCAUUUGCGAGCAGUGUUGAAGAAGUCAAUACUGCGGGUGGAUGCGGAAGUACUACUACUACUAGCAAGAAGGGAAAUAUUAAUAUUGAAGCAGUACAUGACUUAGACGCAGUCGAGAAGUACCUUGAGAGCCAAGAGCCCGUGCAUGGACCGAAGCCCGCGGUACUGCAGGCGAAGGAAAUCGACGUUCAAUUUGCCAAGAAAAAUUUCGCCGGAUUCCAGUCGGUGCAAGAGCUCUUGGUAGGUGGAGCAAGCGGGAACACUAUGCCGAAUCAUCUGUCCGCCUCAUCCGCAUCUACGUCGAGUAGCAGCAGUAGCGGUGCAAACCAAAAUCACGACGGCAUCUUCAACUCCUCUGGUUUCGGUGACCGGUCCUCUGGUGCACACCAACAAGAACCUCUGCCACAGAUUGUCUCGAUAGACGAUGUCACCUGCGUCGCGGGUCUGCAGAAACUGCCGAAGGGGACGAGCUUGUGUGUGCCGUCGUCGUCGCGAACAAAAAGCGAUGGUACAAGUAGCCCCAAAUGGGUGCGGGCGACGACGGUACCGGCGUCGGAGCAGCCCUACCGCGGUUGGACGAUGGUGACGGUUCCCGCUCGGCAGGAGAGCGACGGCACCUACUGUUACAGCGAGCAGCGCUACCUGCCCAACCACUUUUCCUUCCCGAACGAGGCCUGGGGAAAGACGAAGCCGUUCGCAUUUCCCCUGCACGCCUGGGUGCAGUUUGUAAAACCGGCGGACCGCAAGUUGAAAAACCCGGAGUGGGUGGUGGGCCGCGUCGAGGAGCACUGGUACGAGAACAAGUACCAGAUGCUGGUCAAGGGUAUCACUAGCACCUCUGUCGGUAUGAAAGUAUCAUCUUCUAAAUUUUUGGAUCAUGAUCAUCAGACAUCAGAAACUGCUCCGGCCAGCGCCGUCUUUCGCGGAGAUUUGAAGCUGGGGAACGAGCGCAUGUUCAUCCGACCGACAAAUCCGGCAAAGCACGUGGACACCAGUCGGUUUCUCGCUACGGACUUCGAGAAAGAAGCUGAAAGUACUGGUGGAACUCCUGCUCGUCCCGCCCAGAAAACCAACGCUUCUUCGUCCUCGUCGUCUUUGAGGACCAGCAACGAAGCUGCAGCUGCAGCCGACCCCACGAUCAUGCCAGAAAAAGCUGAUGACGACGAGAACCUGGCUGUUGAAAUUCCGAUCGCGCGGCUCACCUUCGCACACGCGCGUCCGGAUCAAAUUCCGUACACGCGGGAGAUCACGCAACCGCAGAAGUUGACCAGUUAUUUCCUCGAGCUGGCGCACGACAUCACGUACGGCGGGAAGCAGCAGAAAUUUGGGAAGAACAAGACCAUCGCGAUUCCGGCUGGCGUGCAAACCGCGGUGAAGCAGUACUACGACGUCUUGACGAAGGGAUCCGGUACAAGGUUUGCAGCCGAUGAGGUGUCAUCAGCCCCAACGCCAAUCUUGAAGCAAAACCACGACAAGAACUUUAACGCAACUACAAGCAAAUCGCUGAUCACCAUCGAUUGCGGCACCAUCAGGGAGCCCCGUUUACUGCCCAUCGAGGAUCGCGAGCCCGCGCUCCCUUUGUUUCGCUUCGCCAACAACACGGACCUUCAGUUGCAGGCGUUGAGGCAGUCGUACUCCUCCGACGCGGCGCUGGCGAGCGCCGGUUUUUCGGAAAACGUCGUGCCGUUCCACGUGUUGCCGGAUUUUUCUUUUGUUAGCAACGUCGGCCUGAGCUUCUCGGUCAAGCUGAAGGUCGACGAGAAAGUCCGCCAGGAAACACUGUCCAUGCGCGGCGCGCAGGGUAUCUUCAGCGUCAUGCUGCACGACAGCUUCAGCGCCAAAGCCGCAGCGAAAAUCACCCGGACGAUCAAGUUGCUCCCGGACCCCGAGCGCCCGGCCUACACAACCGGAACUCGAAUCGUCAUGGGCGUGGCGGAGGACCUGAACCGGAAACCCAGCCAGAACUUGCUGAAGCAGUUGUACUUCCAGCAGCCCCAGAAGAGUGUGACUGGUUUAGGACUUCUUGGAGAACCACAGCAGGGGGGCGGCACAAGAAGUAGAGCUCCUUUGAGUAUUAAGAAGGACAGUUCUUUCUCCGACAGAACAAGCAAUCUGUACGGGGAAAGUAGCGACGACGAGGAAGAUGAGGACGAGUCGCCGGCGUAUGCUUACCACGGGGGCAAGAACACCUACACGACCAGUAGCCGGACUUACAACAAUUUCAGCUCGAGUUCUUCCUCGUCUUCCAACAUCGCGCAAUCGCCUAGUGCAUCAACUUCCGCCGCCGGCUUCCAAAUCCCGGACAACGGGCACGACGAGCCGGCGAAGCCGCCGAAGAAGUGGACGCAGGAGAAACGGCACCAGCUGCGCACCGAGCAGCGGAAGGCGCUGUCCUGGAUGCUGGAGCGGGAAAACAACCCCACCGACGUGGUGAUCUCGCAACGGAAAAUCACCUCGCCCAUUUUGUCGGACGACGACUGGUUCCGGCGCCUGACCUGGAGCAAGUGGGCGAUGGAGUUCGAGGCUAACUACUACUACAAGGUGAACGGGGGAAUUCUGGCCGACAAGGUCGGCUUCGGCAAGACCGCCACGAUGCUGUCCCUGAUCGCCCGGCAGCAAGACGCGGAGCGGGGGAGGGGAGCUGCAGCCUCUAGUACAACUUCGGCGAACAAGAAGGAGAUGAUGGAUCAUAUUCCGGAACACGAUAAAGGAGCCUUUUUUCACGCGCCGAACACAACGUUGGUUUUGGUUCCGAGUCAUCUCAUCGACCAGUGGUCGCAGGAUAUGGAGAAAAAAAUUAUUGGUGUGGUCGAGGUGGAAGUGAAGUUUGUUAUUGUUUCAUGAUAGUUUGUAAAAACAUCAUCAUCAACUUCAUCUCAAUGAAAGAUAUUUUCGUGCUGCUUCUGCAUGACUGAGUGAAGAGUGCACACGUCGAGCAGGCCUGUUCAGACAGAAAAAACUUCACUUAUGCUUCUUGACCCACAAUCAAAUUCGCUUCCAUACCCGAAGUAGACAAGUUCGUUUCCGCUUACAACUGGAACGUUUUGGUGGUGAAGGACGUGCGGGGCCUGUCCUACAACACGGUGCGCGAAAUCGCGGAGUACGAUUUGAUUCUUUGCAGCUACCACUGCCUCUACUCCGACACCUACGGGCGGCGCGUCGAAGACUUUCUCUCCGGGGACAAGAAGCACACCCCCGACAGCAUCAAAAACCCCGAGCGGGGCUACAAGCCGAAACCCGCAGCGGCAAACCGACCGUACAGCCUGCUGAAAUUGAAAGCCGAAACCAAGAAAUUCAUCGCGGACUGGGAUUCCGGGGACGAUAGGAAAUGUCAGAAGUACCUGCAAUCUCGCUGGUUCCAGAACAGCGAGGGCUUGAGUGCCAAGCGGGCGAAGGAGUUUUGCGAGAACGUGACCGGGACCGGCGGUGGGGAACAACAACAAGCGGAAGGACCCGAAGUUACAGUUUUAAGCGGGAACAAAAAUCAAGCAAAGCAAAAGCAACAGGUGGUCUCGAGGAAAAGGUCCUCGUCGCACUUGGAUCUGCUGUUUCCGGUUCUGGAACAAUUUUACUUUCGCAGGGUAGUGUUCGACGAGUACCACGAAACGGAAGCGAAGCGCGGCAAGACGCAGGUGCUCAUGUGGUUACGGGGCCGGUCCCGCUGGGGCAUGACGGGGACCCCGAGUGUGGAGACGAUCGAAUCGGUGAAAACCACGGCUGGGCUCUUCAACGUCGACGUCCUGGCCAACGGGGCGCGGGGCGAGUGGCUCUCCGCGGACGGGCUCCAGGUCCCCGAACACGCGCCGGCGCACGUGCUGGAAGGCUACAGGGGGGCACAGCGGUCGUUGGCAGCCGGCGCCGUAUCCGAAGCAAAGUCUUGAAGCAAAGAAGCGAAGUAUAGAAGAUGGAUUUGCAUGGAAAUUUGUGAUGUGUUUAUUUGUGAACUACAUGGGCCCAGAGGUUCCAGCUGUGCUUAUUUCUGCUAACCUUCUUCAAGAUCAAGAUUUUGCUAGCAUAUUCUUGGAAGUCGCAGCAGGCCGCGAAGGCCCGGAAUAACCCGAACAGGUGCUUCAAAGAGCCGUGCACCAGCUCCGUUCUGUGGUACAACUGCCAAAACUUCGUGAGUGAAUGCAUUCGGCAAAACGCAACGAACUCCUGUGUCGAUGAGAUUGAAACGGUAUUGUAUAUUUUUCUAAUGUGCUGACGACGAAAACGAAUGACGACGAAACAAGGAAAAAGUGCAUGAUUCAUAGGUAGAGUUCUUCUUGUUCUUCCGAUCGGCUAAAUUGGUAUCAUCUCUUCAAUCCUUCACCCACAUCAGCUUGCUAGUACCCCCCCCUAAGAAAUAAACGCAAUACAGAUCCACCACGACUAUGCGGUACAGUUCACUCCGGCGGAACAAAUUUUCUAUCUGAACACCCUCUCCGAGACGGCUUCCAGCGGAAUCGACGUUUCGAAGAAGGAACUUUCCGAGGGUGUGCUGCGCCAGUGCCGGACGCUACUGGAGCGGUGCUCGCACUUCGCUGCGGGGGAGCAGGGGUUGUCCAGUGGUGGUGCUGGGUCGCUUAAUAAUACCGCGGAGGAGGAGCUCGAGCGGAAAUUGGAGGAGGCAGAAGACGCUGUAGAGUCGGCAUUUGAAAAUGCCACGCUGCUCGUCACCCAACUGGAGCUGUUGCGGCGCGUAUUCGUGCUGUGCAGUGGAGAAGUAGGGGGACCAGGAGUUCUUGUUGGACAGGGCGACUACAACGAAAGCCAGAUCAACAAGCCAACAAAACUGGCGGGACAGGCAGGAGGAGUUGUAGAUGGAGCUACUACUACAAAAACAACACCGCUAAUACGGUCGUCAGCCUCGUCAUCUACGUCAUUGCGCGGUGGAGGUACGACUACGAGUCAUUUUCCCACCAGCACCGGUGGUACAUUCGCACUGAAACUGAAUAAAGCAUCAUCUUCUCCCUCUCGUCGUUCUUGCAAGGAGGAUAUCUCAACAUCGUGGACGAUCACCGGUCGGAGUUUCGGAGUGCAGACCGACGCAAAUAUGGAUCCGGGCGACGAAGGAUUAGCCGUUGAUAAAGGAGGUGCUCCACCUUUGUCUACUUUGGUGGCCUCGGACAAUGUGCAAAGAAGUACUUCCUCUCCGUCCCUUGCUGUCAGCAAAUCACUGAAGAUGAAGCGACAGAGCAAGGGCAACUUCGUCGUCAAGGGGGACAAUUAUAUCAACGAGUCGGAGAUGGCGAGCGAGAGUUUCGGCUUCCAGCCAGUGUCUCGUCGGAAGGCGGCGACUAAAAAGUUGUCAAAACUACUUGGACCUGCAGCGCCCUCGUCCUCCUCGGGAUCCUCUGUCGCGGACGCGGAAUCCGCUCACACCACAACGUGGCACUACUGUCUCGUGCCCCGUGCCAAUGUCGCAAUUCAAACUGAUCAAGAUAGCGGAAAGCUGCUGAAAAAUAAAAAGGAGUGCUUUUUAGAGAGCACGACCCAGAGCAAUGCAGCUCAGAACUACGCCACGAAUGAUCAGGAAGAAGACGACGACGUUGAUGCAGCUCUCUCACUCGCGGUGGUAGUUGCUGCUCCGCCUUCGAAGCGGCGCAAGAAGGACAAAAGUGCGGAGGACAACAAGAAGCCAACAUCAACAAAAACUGCAGAAACAAAUUUGAGAUUGAAGAGCGAGAAGGCGGAUGGAACAAAAGCGAAAGCCAAGCAGGGUUCCUGCAAACCCAACUCGAAGAACAAAAACAACCGGAGCAAAACGUCCUCCGAACAAGAAGACAACAAGGAUCUGAAAGCUGCUGCUGCUCUCGCCCCAACUUGUAGCUCCUCGUCUCCGAAGACCAUGCAGUCAUCUCCGUCUGCGGUCACCAAAAUCGAGCACCCGCCGUUCCUGAGCGAGAAAGUGCAAGACCUGGUCAAGAAGAUUUCGUUGCAGUACAUAGGAAAGCCGUACGGACAGGAGCUUCAGACGCUGUUCCGAACCGCAGCGCAGUCAUCAACUUCCACUGAAAAGCUGCUCCACGCUGCGGGUUGUCCUGGUGCUAGUACGACGGCGAACAUCACAAUCUUCCCAAAGAUGACAUCAAGUGCUGAAAGUGACAACGAAAGGAGAAGCGAAUUUUUCCGAAAAAUCCUUGUUAACGGCUUGGAGUCAAUGCGGAGCAUCGUGAGGCGUGCUAAGGCGCAUGAACGAUCGUCACAGCUGGCUCUGGCAGCAGCGGCAAAACAACGAGCCACUGCUUCUGCUGUUGCCGGAAAGAACAGAAAGGCCGAUGGAGAACAAUUGAAGAUCGAUGGAAAUGACAAAGCAAAGAACACCACCGCAAAAGCGACGAAGCCGGCUAAGCAAAACAGGAAGAGCGCCACAUCGAAAUUGCAAGCGAAAAGAACAAGCACAAAAGAUGCGAAGCAAAAUAGUACGGCCCUCGUCAAGAAAACUGCGGUGAAAGGUAAAUCUAAUAAAAUCAGCACCACAACAUCAUCCUGUUCAUCCACAUCCACCUCUAAUAAGAAAGCUGUGCUCGUCGUCGGCGUACCGACUCCCGCGAAGGCAGGCGUACAGGGGAAGAAGAACAAAAUGAAAUCUGUUGCCGUACCGCUAGCUGCCGUUCUGAAAGUCCCGGAGAGGAAAAUGAUGAAGAACGACUCAUCGAACAGUGCAUCCUCGUCGGCAGGAGGGGCGACGUCAUCUUCCGCGAACAGCAGCAACAAGCCUGCUCCACCUCCCAAUCCGGACUGUGUCAAGCUGAGCAACGUUCUGGCGACGGCUCACGAGUUGCAACAAACCAUCGUGCGAGAUUUGGAGAGGACGCUUUCCACAAUGUACGAGAGGGCUGCGCCCGUUGACUUCUGCUCCGCGGCCAACGCUCUAUUCACCGGAGCGGAGGAGGACCUCAUCUGCGGCGGCUGCGACGCGAGCUGCGCGGACAAGCCCUGGGGCCGGGCCGGCUUUGCGGUGACCAAGUGCGCGCACCUGUUUUGCCGACCCUGCUUGCUCGAAAGCGUGAAUCGCGAACAGAAGUGCCCGGAGUGCGGUGAAAGGCUGGACACGCUGCUGCCGCCGAAUGUCUAUGUCGGGCCGAAGACAACAGCUGGUGCUAGUACUUCAAGCUGGAACACAAAGAUAAAAAAUGGAGGUACUAGUCAAGCGGUACUACAGAUGAGCCAGAAUUUGGGGCGGGUGGCCAAGUCCAGCACGGGCGGAAACUCAACGAACGAUGCAAAGUUGCUGGCCGUAAAGAAAGCGUCUGUGGUGGGAUGGGCUUUGUCGGAGGGAAAACACACGAAAAUCUGGGAAGAUGACCCCGGACGAUACGCUUCGCUCAGGAAUAAGGUAAGACAUGCUACGUUCGGUUUUGAUUCAUGUCAAAGUAUUUCAUAGUCUUCGACGAGCUCUAGAAUUAUCGAUGAUCCUGAAGAUCAUCAUCGUGUGUUUUUAUUCGCCCCACAACAACGAGCGUAAGUACUCGGCAAUGCAGUAGCAGUCGUGCUCCAGCAGCACAAAUAAAGAGGACCGACCUGUGAACUAAAAAAAUUUCGUUUCACCCUGCUCAGGUCAGCAAAGAUUCCGACAUGUUCUUGGUGCCGCCCCCGAGCGCCGCUAGGUUUCUUGUCGGAGAAACUGUCUCCACGACCUCUCUCCGUGGAGGUCCGUCUUACCACCACUUUGGGUCCAAGAUUCAGAAGAUCUGCGACGUCCUGGUGCGCAUCCGCGACGAGUCGCCCGAGGACAAGGUGAUCGUGUUUGUCCAGUUCCCGAGCAUCCAGCAGAAGUUGGCCUCCGCGUUUGCCUACUACGAUUUCAACUUCAUGGAGCUCUGUGGCCCGGUGCACAAGCAGAACCGGAUCAUGAACUCGUUCAAGUUCGACGCCGUCUCGGAGUACGGGCCGAGCCCGGACAUCUUGCUGCUAAACAUGUCCACGGCGGCGAGCGGAUCCGACCUCGUCCGCGCGUCCCACGUGCUCCUGGCCCACCCCUUUGUCGGGAAAACGCCGGAGGAGAGCGCCGCCUACGAAGAGCAAGCGGUCGGCCGCGUGCGGCGCAUGGGACAGCCGAAAACCGCGGUCGAAGUGCACCGCUUUUACACCGCGGGCACCGUGGAAGAGCCGCUGCACCAAAGACACGUGGCUGGACAGGCUGGAAAAGGAAAGAAUGGGGGGAACGAGGCAAAGCAGCGCGGGGGGCGUGGUGCGUCGCUGGAGUGGAUGUGA